AUGGCGACCACCAUCACCAGGCUCUUGCACCACCUAGCACUCUUCCUCCUCGUUGUCCAGUUCGCCGACGCAGUUCUCCUCCCAAAGACCAAGAACCACGCUGCGCUGAAGCCUCAGUCAACGAGCAUCAUCUACAUCGUCCAUGCCAACGACCUCGCCAAGCCGCCCCACUUCGGCUACCUGGAGGAGUGGUACCAUUCCAUGGUGACCACCCACGCCUCUUCCACCAGGGCGGCGAGCUCCUGCGGCAUCCUGUACACCUACGACACCGUCAUGCACGGCUUCGCGGUCCAGCUCACUGGCGACGAGGCCCGGCUCAUGUCCAGCGCGCCCGGCGUCAUCGGCGUGUACAAGGACAGGGUGCUGUACCCUCAGACCACGAGGUCGACUGGGUUCAUGGGCCUCCAACCCGGCAACGGCGCCUGGAAGCAGACCGAUUUCGGUGACGGCGUCAUCAUCGGCUUCAUCGACACUGGCACAUGGCCCGAGAGCGCGAGCUUCAACGACAGCGGGCUCGGCCCUGUCCGGUCGAACUGGCGGGCCAAGUGUGUCGACGCCCACGGCUUCAACGCUAGCUUGUGCAACAACAAGCUAGUCGGCGCCAAGGCCUUCCACGCUGCCGCGGACGCCAUGGCGGGGAGCGCGAGCAGCACGCACGUGGCCUCAACGGCCGCCGGCUCUGAGGUCCAGAACGCCAGCCUCUACACGUUCUCCCAGGGUACCGCGUGGGGAAUGGCACCCAGGGCGAGGAUCGCCAUGUACAAGGCAUGCGACGUCAAAGGCGACUGCCAGAAUGCGGACAUCCUAGCGGCGGUGGACGCUGCGGUGAAGGACGGCGUUGACAUCAUUUCCAUGUCCCUCGAAAACCAUAGUUCCAUACCCUUCCACGAUGACGAGGUCGCAAUCUCCACGUUCGGUGCGGAGCGCAAAGGCGUCUUCGUCGUCCUCGGUGGCGGCAAUGGAGGCCCGCGGGCAUCUACAGUGAGCAACUCGGCGCCUGCCUCCACCGUGGACCGGCUGUUCCCGGCGCACAUCACGCUCGGGAACGGGGUCGUGCUCGCCGGGCAGUCCCUUUAUACCAUGCAUGCCAAGGGCACGCCCAUGAUCCAGUUAGUGUCCACGGACAGCCUGAAUGACUGGACGCCCGACACGGUCAUGGGAAAAAUCAUCGUGAGCAUGGACGGAGCAAGCGACGCGGAUGGCAUCUCCUUGCAAAAUGCUGGUGGAGCAGGGAUAGUUGGUGUGGAUCCUGACGAGUGGUCUCGAGAUGGUUCCGCAACCUAUUCCUUCACCCUUCCGGGUCUCACGCUCAGCUACACCGCUGGCGAGAAACUCAGGGCGUACAUGGCCUCGGUGGCGUCCUUCAGCUUCGGCUGUGAGACGGUCAUCGGCCACAAGAACCGGGCGCCGGUGGUGGCGGCAUUCUCGUCGCGGGGCCCCAACCCUGUAGCACCCGAGCUCCUCAAGCCCGAUGUCGUCGCGCCGGGAGUGAACAUUCUUGCGGCCUGGUCGGGCGACGCACCACUAGCGGAUUACCCCGGAGUCCCCGUUCCCGACGGGAGGAGAGUGAACUACAACAUCAUCUCGGGGACUUCCAUGGCAUGCCCGCACGUCGCUGGCAUCGCGGCGCUGAUCAAGAAGAAGCAUCCAAGCUGGACGCCGGCCAUGGUACGGUCGGCGCUGAUGACGACCGCCGCGACGGUCGACAACAGAGGCGGAGACAUAUCCUCGACAACGGGCACGCGGCCACUGUGGGCCGCACCGACAACGCGCGUCAGGGUCGCGACGCCGCUGGUGGCCGGGGCCGGGCACGUCCAGACGGACGACCUCGGCUACGACGCCGGCGAGCGCGACUACGUCGACUUCCUGUGCGCCCUGAACUACACCGCGGAACAGAUGCGGCGCCGCACCGACGUCCGCACGCUGACGCGGACGCUGACCAAAGUGUCCGAGGAGGCGGAGACGUACAAUGUUACUGCCGUGGCGCCGCAGCAUGUGAUGGUGACCGUCACGCCGACGACCUUGGAGUUCAAGGAGCACAUGGAGACGAGGAGCUACUCGGUGGAGUUCAGAAAUGAAGCCGGGAGGCAGGCGGAGGCGGGUGGGGCUUCGGGCAGAUCAGCUGGGCGAACGGGAAGCAUAAAGUCAGGAGCCCGGUGGCGUUCCAGUGGAACAACUGACGACUUCUAG